AUGGAAUAUUCAUGCAUUGGAUUAAAUGAUUUACCUGAUGAAAUUCUUAUGAUUAUUUUCAAAAAAUUCAAUAAUCUAGAUGUACUUUAUUCUUUACAAGCUGUCAAUCAACGACUAAAUCAAAUUAUUCACGAUCCAAUUUUUACAAGUGGCUUGACUUUCGUUAAAUGGUUCUCACAUAAUUUUAUCAAUUUAAUUUCUCGUGAUACAAUCCUUAAACGAUUUUGUUUACAAAUUUUACCUGAAAUUCAUGAUAAAAUCAAAUGGCUUGAUCAUGAAUCAUCAUUGAUGAAAUAUAUU